UCCCUCUCCGCCGUUUUCAAUUCAAACAGCCUCCCAACACUUCCCUGCUCCCGUUAACCGUUGCCCUAACGGCGGUAAGGUUUCCGGCCGGGUACUGAUUGAGCGGGGAUGGAGAAUUCGGAUCUCAAAGAUGCAUCUCAGUGCGUGAGGGUCGCCGUCAACGUACGGCCAUUGCUCACUUCGGAGCUCCUCGUUGGCUGCACCGAUUGCAUUACGGUAGUCCCCGGCGAACAGCAGGUGCAAAUUGGGUCACAUGCAUUCACAUUUGACUAUGUGUUCGGGAGUGCGGGAUACCCGUCCUCGCGCAUUUUUGACGAGUGUGCUCUGCCAUUGGUUGAUGCUUUAUUCCAAGGCUAUAACAGUACUGUUCUUGCAUAUGGUCAGACUGGUUCAGGGAAGACCUAUACAAUGGGCACAAACUAUAAUGGAGAAGACUACACUGGAGGGGUAAUACCUAGAGUUAUGGAAACUAUAUUCUCUAGGGUAGAUGCCUUGAAGGAUUCUACUGAAUUUCUAAUUAGAGUUUCUUUCAUUGAGAUUUUUAAAGAAGAGGUGUUUGAUCUGCUAGAUACAAAUCCUCCGGCUAUUUGUAAAGGCGAAGGGGCAAGGGCAGCUGGGCAUGCUAGAGCUCCCAUUCAAAUCAGAGAAACUGCCAAUGGAGGAAUUACGCUUGCUGGUGUUACAGAAGCAGAGGCUAAAACAAAAGAAGAGAUGGCUUCCUACCUCUUGCAAGGUGCAGUUUCGCGUGCCACUGCGAGCACAAACAUGAAUAGUCAGUCAAGCCGAUCACAUGCCAUUUUUACCAUUUCCAUUGAACAAAAGAGAAUUGGUAAGUGCCCAAUUGGAGGAGCACCCGAUGACAUUGGAGAUGAUAUUUUAUGUGCAAAGCUUCACUUAGUUGAUCUUGCCGGUUCGGAGAGGGCAAAGCGAACUGGAGCAGAUGGAAUGCGUUUGCGUGAAGGAAUACAUAUCAAUAAGGGGCUACUUGCUUUGGGAAAUGUAAUUAGUGCUCUUGGUGAUGAGAAGAAGCGAAAAGAAGGCGCUCAUGUUCCAUACCGAGAUAGCAAGUUGACGCGUUUGCUACAGGAUUCUCUUGGUGGGAACAGUAAAACUGUUAUGAUCGCUUGUGUGAGCCCUGCUGACACAAAUGCGGAGGAAACUUUGAAUACUUUGAAAUAUGCAAACCGUGCUCGUAACAUUCAAAAUAAAGCAAUUGUUAAUCGCGACCCAACAGCUGCCCAGAUGCAAAGAAUGAAGAGUGAGAUUGAGCAAUUGCAAGCUGAGCUUCUUUACUUGCGUGGUGAUUCCAAUGUUCCAUUAGAAGAACUACAGAUUCUCAAGCACAAGAUAUCCUUGUUAGAGGUAAGCAAUAUGGAGUUGCAGCAGGAACUUAUGGAGUGCCGGACUAAUUGUGAUCACUUGUCAAAGCGAGCUAUUGAUGCCCAGGUUGAAAGAGACAGACUCAUUAUAAAGCUUGAUGGAGCUGAACACAGUAACCACUUUGAUAGCACUGAUGAUAAAUUGGAUCAGAAGUUUGAUCUGGUGAAAAACUAUGUCUCCAAAAUUCAAGAGCUAGAAGGAGAAUUACACCGUUUGCAGAGAUUAAACAAUUCAAGGCGUACUGUAUCUGACGGUUAUCUUGGAUUGGACUAUGAUGAUUUUCACUCAAAGGGUUCAUCUUCUGCUGAAUCUGACACUAGAAGCACAGAUGUAAAUGGUGGGGCUGAAGUUGAGGAAAAAGAGUUAGAACACUGUUCUCUUCAAGAAAAGUUGGAUAGGGAGCUAAAAGAAUUGGACAAAAGGCUUGAACAGAAAGAGGCUGAAAUGAAGAGAUUCGCAACUGUUGACACCUCAGUUCUUAAGCAACAUUAUGAGAAGAAAGUUCAAGAAUUGGAACAAGAAAAAAAGUCCCUACAGAAAGAAAUCGAGAAACUUCGACACAAUCUUGCAAAUUUGGCAUCCAACUCUGAUGAUAGUGCUCAAAAACUCAAAGAAGAGUAUCUUCAAAAGUUGAAUUUCCUAGAAUCUCAGGUUGCUGAAUUGAAGAAAAAACAAGAUGCUCAAUCUCAACUUUUAAGACAAAAACAAAAAAGUGACGAGGCUGCUAAACACCUUCAGGACGAGAUACAGAGGAUUAAGACACAAAAGGUUCAAUUGCAACAAACGAUAAAGCAAGAAUCUGAACGUUUCAGAUUAUGGAAAGCAUCGCGAGAAAAGGAAGUCCUUCAGCUUAAGAAGGAGGGCAGACGGAAUGAAUAUGAGAUGCAUAAGUUGUUAGCAUUGAACCAGAGGCAAAAGAUGGUUCUGCAACGAAAAACUGAAGAAGCUGCUAAUGCAACUAAACGACUCAAAGAGUUGCUAGAAUCUCGAAAAACAUCACGUGAAGCAUCUAGUAUCGGGAAUAGUAAUGGCCCUGGAAGUCAGGCACUAUUGCAGGCAAUUGAGCAUGAGCUUGAAGUCUUUGUAAGGGUACAUGAAGUGCGGUCAGAGUAUGAGCGCCAAAUGGAAGAGCGAGCUAAAAUGGCCAAGGAGGUUGCAGACUUGAAGCAAAGUAAUAUAAGUGAUUCCCCACAGAUAAUGUCCCCUGGUGCUAGGAAUUCAAGAAUUUUUGCACUUGAAAACAUGCUAGCUACUUCAUCCAGCGCACUUGUUUCCAUGGCAUCACACUUGUCAGAAGCAGAAGAGCGGGAACGAGCAUUUAGUGGUCGAGGACGAUGGAACCAAGUUAGAACUCUAGCUGAAGGGAAAAAUAUUAUGAAUUUUUUAUUCAAUUUAGCAUCCUCUUCCAGAUGUCAGUUAAGGGAUAAGGAAGUUGAAUGCAGAGAGAAAGAUUCAGAAAUUCGGGAGUUGAAAGAAAAAGUUGUCAACUUGGUUGGACAGCUAGAAUCACAUAAGGCUGAAAUAAUUCGUAAGGAGCAGCAAAUAAAGAAGCUGGUUUCAAAGAAACAGUCCAAGGUGGAGAAUAAUGGCCAAGGACAUGUUUAUGACCUAAGGCCAAAGGGAAGCCGUAGUUCCUUUGUUUUCAAUGGUGGAGGACUAUUAGAAGAUAUGGACAUGGAGAUAUCAGAUUCAGAUAAUAAUGAUAAUGAUUCUGACGUAGAGUACAUGCCACCUUGCUGCGAAUGCAGUAAGAACUCAUCCUGCAAAACGCAAAGGUGCGAGUGUCGAGCUGCAGGACGCGAUUGCAUUGUGUCAUGUCGGUCUUCCAAGUGCAGUAACAUGGAACACAAUGCAAAUAAAUCUUCUGAGCAUGCAGGAAAUACCGGAAACACCACAGAAGGUGAUGAAACUGAGGGCGAAAAGAAUCAUCAGGCUCUCGCUUCUCAUGGUGCGAUGCUACUCCAAACCGCCUUUUCAGAUAAGACUGAGACAAAGGAUGAAGGGGGAUCCAAAAGAAAACCUCUCUCUGAUAUUGGAAAUACACUGGUGAAAUCCAAUGCUCCUAAACCACCCAAUCAGAGAAAAACAUGGCGGAAAUCCAUGCGAAAAUCUGUCAUUCAACUCGUUCCUUCUGCAGAACCUGCUCCUGCCGCCUCUCAAGAUCAAAAUUCUGCAGCUCCAACAAAACCAGAUAACAACAACAGCACGGCCGAGACUCCUGACAUUCCAUUGAAGUUGCCGCGAGCCAUCAGUUCCACAUUAGCCAAUAACACCCUGAAAGAUAGAAACUCUAGCUCCAGUGAUUCUGUUCAUGAUAAGGAUUUUCACCUGCCAGCUCCCAAAAGCCCUCAACGGAGGCCAAGGACGAAGAACGAGAAAGAAAACAACUGAGUUCUUUUGCCCAAUGAGACCUAUGAAUGUGUCCAAAAAACCAGUGAGUUUUAGUUUCAACAGAUGUUGAUUCUUGUUGGUUUGGUUAAUAGGAGAAGUUCCAACAUUCUUGUCAAUCUCAAGUGUGAGUUUUUGAGGUUCAGCCUAAUGGUAGGCCAAGCCUCUGUUUACUAGCAAUCUGUGCUAAAUGUUAAGCUUGAUGAUGGGUUAAAACCUUAAAACCCUGUUUUAGGAGGUUGGUCAUGUUUGAUUUUUAUCUCCUUUGUCAUGUUACAUUGUACCCAACUUCCAAAAAGGCUACGAGGAAAAUGUAGUUUAUAUUUAAGUGAUGUAUAUUUUUUAUUUUUAUUAUAUACAUUUUUAAA